AGCAGCAGCAGGACAUGGAGCACAUCAGGCUGCCGAAGGUUGAAAACGUCCGCUUGCUUGACCGGAUAUCUUCUAGAAAGCCCGUCCUGGGAACGCUGUAUCUCACAGCAACACAUGUCAUUUUUGUGGAAAACAUCUCAGAAACUCGCAAGGAAACCUGGAUUCUUCACAGUCUGAUCUCUGCCAUUGAGAAACAAGCGACGACUGCUUCAGGUUGCCCCUUACUCCUCCGCUGCAAGAACUUCCAGAUUCUACAGCUCAUCAUCCCUCAGGAAAGAGACUGCCAUGAUAUCUACUUAUCUCUAGCCAGACUCUCCCGGCCAGUCAAGUAUGAGGAGCUGUAUUGCUUUUCUUUCAACCCAAAAUUGGACAAGGCUGAGCGGGAGGAAGGCUGGAAGCUAAUUGACUUGAAAGAGGAAUACAUCCGAAUGGGGGUACCCAAAAGCCUGUGGCAGCUCAGUGAUGUUAAUCGGGACUAUCGUGUUUGUGAUACGUAUCCAACAGACCUUUAUGUACCUAAACCUGCCAGUGUGCCAAUCAUUGUUGGGAGCUCUAAAUUCAGGAGCCGAGGACGAUUUCCCACUCUGUCCUACUAUUACCAGGAUAACAAUGCCUCCAUUUGUCGAAGUAGCCAGCCCCUGUCAGGCUUCAGUGCUCGCUGUCUGGAAGAUGAACAGAUGUUACAGGCGAUAAAAAAGGCGAAUCCGGGAAGUGAUUUCCUUUAUGUUGUUGACACCCGACCAAAACUGAAUGCAAUGGCAAACAGAGCAGCCGGAAAAGGCUAUGAGAAUGAAGAUAACUACUCGGACAUCAAGUUUCAGUUUAUUGGCAUUGAGAACAUUCACGUGAUGAGGAACAGUUUACAGAAGAUGUUGGAAGUAUGUGAACUCCGAUCUCCGUCCAUGGGUGAAUUUCUUUGGGGUCUUGAAGCCUCUGGAUGGUUAAAACACAUCAAAACAAUACUGGAUGCUGGCAUCUUCAUUACAAAGGCCGUGUCAGAAGAGGGCGCCAGUGUGCUUGUUCAUUGUUCCGAUGGAUGGGACCGCACAGCACAGGUCUGCUCUGUAUCCAGUCUAUUACUGGACCCUUAUUACAGGACCAUCAAAGGAUUUAUGGUGUUGAUAGAAAAAGACUGGAUUUCAUUUGGACACAAGUUUAACCACAGGUACGGAAAUUUAGACGGAGAUCCAAAGGAAGUAUCCCCGGUGAUUGACCAGUUCCUGGAAUGUGUCUGGCAGCUCAUGGAACAGUUUCCCUGUGCAUUUGAAUUUAAUGAGAGAUUCUUGGUCCACAUACAACAUCAUGUAUACUCCUGUCAGUAUGGAAACUUCCUGUGCAACUGUGAGAAGGAGAGGAGAGAACUGAGAAUUCAGGAGAGAACUUAUGCUCUCUGGUCUUACUUGUGGAAGCAGCGGCUGGACUAUACGAACCCAUUGUACAGACCUGAUCACAGUCAGACACAAGGAACUCUGAGACCAAACACCACUCCAUGCCAUUUCAGGUUUUGGAGGGGCCUCUACAACCGAUUUGAGAAAGGAAUGCACCCUCGACAGUCAGUGACUGAUUUUCUUCAGGCAGUAAAAGAAGAGACGCAGCAGCUUGAGGAGGAAAUGGAGUUCAUGGAAAAGAGACUAGCAAAGCUGGAAACCCGAGAGACAAAUGAAACCAAUAAGAAUAUCAAUGACCAGCAAAAAAUCCAUAACUUCCAGAUGUGCAUCACCAAACACUCUCCGGCUAAUACGCCUCAAGAUUACAGCACCAACCUGAAGCUGUUUCCUUCCCGCAGUCCAUCUCAAGGUGAGGAAGACUCAGCCCUCAUCCUUACCCAGGACCAUUUAAAGAGCUCUGACCCCGACCUGUCUGCUAACAGUGACCAGGAAUCUGGAGUGGAGGACUUGAGCUGCAGGUCUCCAAGUGGCGGAGACUCAUUACCUAGUGAGGACAGUGGGAAGGAUCCUGAUUCGGAUGAAGCAGUAUUCCUGAAUGCUUAGAUGUUAUAACCACGUGCUAUCUUAUUACAUGUUUAUAUUUAUUUAUAGGAGGAUGUAAGCGGAGAAGAAUAUACUGGGGGGAAGUAAUCAACUAUGUUCACACUUCAGUAGUUGUCUGCGCAAACAGAGACCAUAUGUGUCUGAGCUGUGGGAAUAUGCAUAAGCAAUUAUUUAUUUAUUUUGCUUUUAAGACAAAGACCUAGGUUGCCCGUAUGACCUUAUGUUUCGUUUACGUACAUAAUUCCAAGACACGUGUCUACCUUUGGGGCUACAACCAGAACACGAAUCAUGUCACAGUAUGUGCAUUUAUUAGGCUCUAGAUUGACACAGGAGCCCUGUACUGGAGGCAUGUGUACUUACAUACUAUUCAAGUUUAGAUCCACUAUUCCUCAUAAUAAUCACAUAUUGAAAAUGUGAAAAAAAGGUCUGAAUGUGGCUUCCUUUUUGGAAAAUUGAUGAUAGAUUACAAGUGGCAAUACGCAUUGGCUCAACGG